CAGACACAUUGUAAAGAAAGCUCAGUCGAAAGGCAGCUCGCGCACCGAAAACAAGAAAAAUAUUUGGUAAAAGAAAUCAAAAGACUAAUUUUGUAGCUAAGUAGAUUUUUUGCAGAGUUAUGGAGGCACCAUCGAUGGUGGAGCGUUCGGGCGAUGACCUAGUGGUACGCAGCCUAGUUAGCGGUGUACCCAUGUUUCGUUCUUCCUUGGACACCGGAGAAGAGCCUCUGUCGGUGUAACCAUUUGACGUCUCUACCGGUUCCCUUACAUUCAAUGGGAAUGGGAAUGCUUUCAAAUCCGGAAGUGGAGAGUGUCAUGGAUACCUUGCUGCCAGAGGAGGGUCAUGCCGGCAUCACCAACGAGGAGGAUCUGCCGCAGUGUAAAAUCCGUAGGAACUAUAGUUGCAACCAGUGCGCCUUCUACACCCAAAAUCCGCGGAGUCAUCUCUCCCAUCUAAGAGACGUCCAUGGCGAGCGAAUCGUGAUCAAUGAGUGUAAAUUGUGUCUCUACGCCUCGCGGCAUUUUCAAAAACUGGUGCGUCACAUGAAGAUGGUACAUGGAUGUUCAGACGACAAUGGACUGCCAGGAUCAUCCGGUGGCGCACUGCGUUCCAAGUACAAUCUCACCCGGGAGGUUCGCAGGCGACGACUAGAGGAGAGCGUCGAAAUGCCGUCCACAUUUGGGGCAGGUCCAAAUCCAAACAUCCCAAAGAUGCCCCAGAACGAGCCCACACUGGAACAGCUCAAGAUGGAGCUCCAGCGGGAGGAGCAGAAGCUGGUAAACAGCUUUCAAAUGUAUAAACGCCAGCAAGAAAUGCAGCAGCUCCAACAAAUCGUCGACAAUCAUGACAAUAUCUUUGCCAUGGCCUUCGAGCUCCAGCUGCAGUCGAUGCCCUAUACCAACCCAGAGGAAUCUAUAAAAUUUGAUACUCACAACAGCAGCUCAGAUUCGGAAGAGGCCCCGCAGAGUCCUUCGAUGGAUGUGCAGGAACCGCCGCCAGGCGCACAGCAGUUUCAGUGUCACAAGUGCUCCUAUAUUACACCUAUCCGCUCCAGGUAAAAGCACGUCAAGUACCACACCAUGCCGCUGAUCAAAUGCAAUUCCUGUGACUUCCACACACCGUACAAGUGGAAUCUGGACAGGCACACCAAGAAUCAUGGUUGUCAUGGCAUUUACAAAUGCACUGUUUGUGACUUUAGCACGGACAUUAAGCAAUCACUGACCAUACAUGAGCUGAACCACCAUGUGCCCACGGUGGGUCAUCAGAUGGCCGCCAGGCGCAAGGCCACCAAUAAACCCGAUCAGGAUCAGGAUGAUCAGCAACCCAGUUCUUCUCGGAAUUGUGGUUCCCCCAAUCACAGCUCCAGACUCUCGAUUCCGGAACCCACGGGCAUCAGUUGUUCUCACUGCCAGCAACGGAUGCCCAAUGCCGUCGCUUUGGUCAAGCAUCUUCAGGUCUGUGUUCAGGCUCUGAAGAAUAAUCAGCAUCUUUUGCGGGUUGCCAUGGACGGAGGAGACCCGGAAAUUAUGGAUGAGGACUUGCCCAAUGCUGUCAGUGAUCUCAAUUAUUGCGGUGUGGAAACAGCUCCUGGAUAUGGAGAGGUCACUCAACCGUUCGUCCCGGAGGAAUCCAAUGAUAAUACCCCAUUGAAGAAGGUCUUCAAGUGUCCACAUUGUACUUUUUGGGCAGCCACUGCCUCCCGUUUCCAUGUCCACAUCGUUGGCCAUUUGAAUAGGAAGCCCUUCGAGUGCUCCCUGUGCGCCUAUCGCUCCAACUGGCGCUGGGAUAUCACCAAGCACAUUCGCUUGAAGGCCAUCCGUGACAAGAGUCACAACCAAGCCGAAGUCCUCAUGAACGACGAGACUGGCAGGCGCAAUUAUGCCAAGUACAAUAAGUAUUUGACUUUGAUGAAGGUGAAUGUGAACCAAGUGGGUGAUGUGAAGCACAUGCGCACAGGCGAGAUGAUUGUCGUUCCAAAGCUUGAUGAUCAUGAGGAUGAAAUAUUAGAGCCCUUUGAGAAUGCUUUGGACUUAAGCAAGCCCAAGGAAGAGGAAUCGUUUGAUUGGCAAAUUGCUCCCAAAGAGUCCGCAGUAUGCACCGAGAUUACCUUAAAGAAGGAACUACCGGUACCAAUUGAAGGUUCCAUGGAACUUGAAUCAAAUGGCAAGGCAACUGACUUGCCUUUGGAUUUGACAAAACCACAAUGGCAUGGGGAAAUGACUGUAUUCAGUGAUGGUUCUUCAAUGUCCAACGAAAGCGAUUAGAUUGGAGUGUUACCUCUUGUGGUUCCUAUCUCAUUUUUAACAGCAAAUAAACUAUAAUUAACCACUGCA